UGGGCACCAGAUAUUACAUUUUUUCAAAAGUCCACACACUAUUAACGUUUCGCCCGUUUCAUUUCGCUGACCCGAUUAACGUUAAAAACUACUAGUACAGGUGAAUGAAUACAUGCACAAGGUACACAUUGGCAUAAAGUGGUGGCAAUCACAUUUGCACGACGGUCCAUCGCAAGUUGGACGGCGUGGGGGACUCAAACACCCACGUGGCCUCGGCUUCGCGGACAGAGGACUCGGCGAUGGCGGCGCCGUCCUUGGUCCCAGACACAGUCACGUGUUCCGCAGUGUCGAACUGGACAUACAACAGCAUGGACGAGUUGUCGUCAGCCAGCUUGACGUUGGCGAGGUGGCACGCUCGGACGUCGAGCUGUGUGAGGUCGAAUUUCGUGCAUCCGUUGUCGUGGUGAAUCUUGAACCCUUGGGUGAGCAUGUCGAGACAUUCGGGGGUCAUGAUCUCCUUCAAGAGGUUGAUCUCGUCGUUUUCAACCGCGGGGUCCACCGCCGCUUCGAGGAACGCAGGGGAGUACACUGUGCGCAGCACCAACUCGAGGGCAUGCUUGGCGCCAUCGAGAAACUCUGGCAGGUCGAAGUCGGCUUUGUUCGGGAAUGCUUGAUGGAUCAUAGCAAACAACGCCAUCUUCUUCACGACAAACAUGUCGGGGGCAAACACCUCGGCUUCGUCCCACGCAAAGUAUCGGUCCUUAUCGUCCACCGCACGCUGGAACGUCGUUGGAUUGUUUUCUAGGCUGCUGUUGCUCGAGAAUGCUCGCAUGUUCCCACGACGGCUGCAUGGCCCAUUCAUUACGAAGUUGUUGCUUGAAGGCAUUCGGGACGUUAUCUUGAAACGUACGCCUGCAGACGACCGACGCGCCGCCACAUGCGCAACUUGACGCCACAUGAUGGAGAAAGGUUGUGGUUGACGCCAAACCGC